CAAAAAGAGAAGCAGACUUUAGUAAUCCAUACGUCUUCCUUUGUGCGUUAUGCUUGCAUUAUGAAAUUUGUACACAUAGAUGCGAAAAAGCUGCAAGUCACCACUGUGAUUAUCAAUGUGUACCAUAAAUUAUAUCGUGAAUUUUUUAACACGAGACAACUUUCCAUUUCUUUUAAUUACUCAAUAUAGCGCGAUAUAGCGCAAUAAUUACGGUAAGACAGACCUCUAAUUCCUGUAAAAAUGGAGAGAUCCAGUACAAAAGUUAUAAUUAUUUCAGUUGUCGGUACAAUAAUCAUGCUUCUUGGCAUAAUCACAGGAUCACUCUGGACCACUUACAUAUAUGAUUGGGCUAUCACAAAGAUAUUAAUAUUAACACCGUCAUCUGUAAGUUAUAGUAUGUGGAAAGAAACUCCUAUACCAAUGUAUUUUAAAUUUUAUAUGUUCAACUGGACAAAUCCCCAUGAAUUUCAGGCAUCGUUAAAUGCAACACCACACUUUGAAGAAAUGGGGCCUUAUGUUUUUCGAGAAAUUGAUUAUAAAGUAAAUAAAUUAUGGAAUAACAAUGGAACUGUCACAUAUCAAAGAAGAAAAGUUUGGUUUUUUGAGGAAUCAUUGUCCAAUGGGAGUCUGACCGAUAAAAUAACUAAUUUAAAUCCAAUAGUUGCAACAGUCGGGUUCUCUGUAAGACAUAAGUCUGCAUUUGUACGCAAGUUAACCAAUGGAUUUAUGGUACGUUUGGGAGAAAAACUAGUAUUAACUAAAAGUGUAAAUGAGUUGAUAUUCGAAGGAUUUAAUGAUACAUUAUUGGACAUUGCAAAAAAGAUGAAAGCAACUGAACUUCCAUAUUCAAAGUUUGGAUGGUUCUAUGCGAGAAAUGGCUCAGACAGUUAUGAUGGGACAUUCAAUAUGUUCACUGGAUCAACAAAUUUCUAUGAUAUGGGAUUGGUCAAAGAAUGGAAUUUCAAGGCUAAAACAGAUCAUUAUGAGGAUUCAUGUGGUAUAAUAGAAGGAUCAAAUGGCGAUUUUUGGCCACCUUUGCCAAAUAAUAAGACCGUAUCUGUCUUUGUUUCUGAUAUUUGCACAUCUGUGAAGUUAUCAUAUGAAAAUACAACAACAUUCCAAAGUCUAACUGGAAACAAAUAUAUUGGAGAUAAUAAAAUGUUUGAUAAUGGCGAAAAUGUACCAUCAAGACAAUGUUAUUGUCCCAAUAGAGAUUGUGGACCUAGCGGAGUUUUAAAUAUUUCAUCCUGCAAGUAUGGAGCACCGGCAUUCGUUAGCAUGCCACAUUUUUAUUUAGCAGAUGAAAGUUACAGAAAGGCUGUAUUAGGAAUGUCGCCUGAUAAAGAAAAACACGAAAUCUCGAUGGUUAUAGAACCGACUACAGGUGUCCCAAUGCAAGUUCAGGCGAGACUACAAUUAAAUUUAUUAGUAGAACCAAUAGAACACAUGAGUAUAUUUGAAAAUAUAAAGAAGACGUACAUUCCAAUGUUAUGGUUUUCUCAAGAGGCUAAUCUAACUGCCAGUUAUGCAAAUCAAGUUAAGCUACUUUUGAUUCUUCCAACAUUGGGUACUGUAACAUGCUUUGGAAUAGGAGGCAUUGGUAUCUUAAUAUUCUUUAUUGGACUGUUUAUUUACGUCCGACAAAAGUGGCGAGGUGAAGAUAAUCAGGUGUUAAUAUCAAAAUAUGAUGGCGAUAUUAGGAAUAGAAGCGACAUGGAGUAACUGCUUUUUCUUGUGUGCCAUUGAUAUAGUAAUAGGAAAUUUUUACUUCUUUCUUUUUUAUUUUUUGCUUUCUUUACAAUUACAUUCAAGCUUCCUACCUUAAUUUGGAAAAUUAUAGAGCAGAGAUAAGACUGUAUCAAUGUCUUAUAAAUAUAUUUGAUGAGAGAAGCACAAUUAAUGUAUUAUAAGAGUAUAAAAGUGCCUACUUUAACUAUAGUAUAGUUAUG